UCAUAGUACUACUUCCGGGUUGGAUCACAUAUUUUACUAAAUCAUUUAUUUGAUCGUUUUCAAAAAUAUUCAAAUAAUCACUGAAUUAAUUGUUUUGCAUAUGCGAGAUCAUAGAUUUCUAGGUGCAUAUGGCUUUUAAAUAAUUUAUUAAUAUAUGCGUUGCUAUGGUUACGAGACUUCAAGCUCCAGUCUGUUGUUGGAGGAGAGAACGAGCUUUUUAGCUAAGAUAAACAUUAUCCGAGGACUCCGACUACAAUGGAGGAGCGCUUUGCCUUCCUGGCCGAGUGGUACGACCCGAGCGCGGCGCUCCUGCGGCGCUACCAGCUGCUGUUCUACCCCAGAGACGACUCCGUGGAAAUGUUUGACAUGAAGAACCAGCGCACCUUCCUGCGGAGGACCAAAUACGAUGAGCUUCACCAGGAAGACCUUUUUGUGGGCAACCGCAUUAAUGUGUUCUCCCGCCAGCUUAAUCUGAUUGGCUACGGGGACCAGUACACAGCCAACAAACUGGGUAGCAAAAAAGAAAGGACAUUGGCCAUGAUCAAGCCAGAUGCAGUCACCAAAGUGGGAGAUAUAAUACAGUUGAUCUACGAAGCCAACCUUAUCAUCACAAAAGCCAAGAUGACAAAGUUUACUUGGAAGCAGGCGGCAGACUUUUACACGGAACAUCAGUCAAAGUCUUUUUUCAACAACCUGCUGCAGUUUGUGACCUCUGGUCCGGUCAUCGCCAUGGAGCUGAUGGGCGACGAAGCCGUGUCCGCCUGGCGGAAACUUCUAGGCCCGACAGACUCCUCCGUGGCACGGAAAGAGGCGGUGUCCAGCCUGCGUUCCCAGUUUGGCACAGAUGGCACCAGGAACGCUGCGCACGGUUCCGACUCGCUGGCAUCUGCUGCGAGGGAACUGGAAUUUUUCUUCCCAUCCACAGCAGGCCACGGACCCCCUAACACAGCCAACUACACAGACAGCACAUGCUGUGUCAUCAAGCCACACGCCAUCUCCGAGGCCCUGACCGGAAAAAUCCUGGGAUCCAUCAUAGAUGCCGGUUUUGAAAUCACAGCAUUGCAGAUGAUCAACAUGGACCGUGCCAACGCCGAGGAAUUCUUUGAAGUUUACAAAGGGGUUGUGACGGAAUACACGGGGAUGGUGGCAGAGCUCUCCUCGGGACCGUGCAUGGCUCUGGAGAUUCACGCCUCAGACGCAGCCACAGCCUUCCGACAGUUCUGUGGACCAGCCGACCCGGAGAUCGCUCGGCACAUACGACCCAGUACUUUAAGAGCGCUGUACGGCAAGAACAAAGUUCAGAACGCCGUCCACUGCACAGACUUGCCUGAGGACAGUGUCUUGGAGGUACAAUAUUUCUUCAAGAUUUUAGAUGGAUGAUUGUUUGUUUGUUUGUUUUUUCUAAGAACAAAGCUAUGUAAAUAAAAACAAAAAUUGAGUCUGACAAA